AUUAUGAUGCUGAUAGUGCCAUAGUGGACAGUAGCAACAGCUUUACAGGUCAGUCAAUGUUUGGUCGCCAUCAAGAUGAAUGGGCCGUGUUUAGCAUGGCAGCGGCCAAAUAAGUCAGAUCCAAUUGGUUUGCUGGGCAGUAAAAGCAUAAAGCACGCAGAAACCCGUGUACAAAGAAUGACUGACGAAUAUGGCAGUCGCCGUCUUGCAGAUGACUUUGGUCGUUUCAAUUGGCAAACCAGUCCCAUGUAUUCCUCCCCGGAUGCACACAUCUUUCUUUUCUGAAGGGGAGCCUAGCGUGAGAGCUUGGCUGCUCAAGGCUUUAUCCUCUUCAUCUUCAGCACUAGGGAUUGUCUAGGCCUCCAGACCUACUGUCAACUCGACUCCCUUGGCCCUGUACCCUUGGCAAAUUUGCCCACACGUUUGGACCAGCACAGUACCCGAGCCCAAACCAGGUGGUUAUGAGCAAACCGCUGACCCUAGCCUCUGACUACACUGGCCUGAACUUCGCUGCCAGUUUCUGCUGUGUUUUCCCAUGCACACUUUCAUCUUUGGUCUAUGCCAUUCUUCCAUGACAGAUGAGAUCUUCACAUUCACUUGAUCUGGUACGAGCAGUGGUGCCGUGGAAGCUCCGGAAUAAUAACCUUGAUAUUAAAAUCUCAUCUUAUGAUUGUGCCCCGAUAAUUAACCAAUCUGGAUUGCCAGGGAUUUGGAGGGGCAAGGAUAUAGCCAUGCUGGACCCAGUGAUGAUUGAGGAAAGAUACGAGUCAAGUCUUCCAAGGGCCACCAAAUAGCAAUAUACUGUACAGUUCAAAUUGUGAUGCCGACUUUGGAGACUAAAUGAGAGGUUGCAGGUAAUUCAGGAGUAUUUUAUUUUGGUCGACAUCGACACCACCAUCAAUAUCAGUUCGUUAGUGACCAUAUGGCAAACCAGUCUCCUGUCUUCCUCUCCAGACGCCGCCAUCUUUCUAUUACCAAGAGGAGCCUAGAGUUGCACCUCGCAUGAGAGCAUGGCUGCACUAGGCUUUCUCCUCUUCAUCUUCAUCGGCACCUGUUUAGUCCUCCAAGCCUACUGCCAAGUCGGCUCGCUUGGCCCUGAACCCUCAGCAAGCCUGUCCACCGUCUGGACCUGCAGGGUACCCGACAUAGGUGGUUAUGAGCAAGCUGUUGAUCCUUGGCUACUCCGCCCCCUCACAACCCCAGGCCACCUUGGUUUGUCCUUCGGUGCAGGAUUCUACUGUAUUUCUCCAUGCGAGACCUUCAUCUUUGGGGUCUAUGCCAUUUACACCGGCGACCCUAGUUUGUAUUCUGACCCCAACGAAUACGAACUUGUUGUACGAGGGCUCGUCGUCUGGUCUGCAAACUGUGACCGCCAGGUCCGGCAGGAUGCAACCCUCAACUUCACCGGAGAUGGUGAUCUGGUACUCCGGGAUGCCGACGGCAGCCUUGUCUGGUCCAGCAACACAUCAGGUCGGUCUGUCAUCGGGAUAAACAUGAUGGAGUCCGGUAACCUGGUGCUUUUCGACCACCACAACGUGACGGUAUGGCAAUCCUUUGAUUACCCAGUGGAUUCUCUGCUACCCGGCCAGCGGUUACUCGUGGGGCAAAGCCUCACUCCCAACAUGUCCUCCAUCAAUAUGACUGUUAGCAAUCAGUUCUACUUCACCCUUCGUCCUGAUGGAAUCUACGCUUUUGCUGGGUAUCGAGAGCCACAGCUCUACUACAGAAACACAGAUACAAUUUUUGGUUCUUAUAUGGGGAUAGGUAGACAUACAUACAUGACCCUCAUGAACGGGAGCUUAGUUGUGGCUAAUUCUGCAUCAGGUGAUGAGACACAUACGAUAUAUUUGUUGCAACCCUCUCAGUCGCUUCAGUGCUUGAGGUUCGAGUCCAACGGGCAUCUCAGGCUGUAUGAGUGGAUGGAUACUCAGUGGAAGGUAGUGCAGGAUGUUUUUGAACUAGAGCAGUGCGAUUACCCAUCCGUUUGUGGAGAUUAUGGUAUCUGCUUCAGUGGCCAAUGCUCCUGCCCGAUGGCAAGUAGUACAAGUGGCACUUACUUCAGACAACUCGAUGACCAUAAACCCAGUCUUGGGUGCAUCCUUGACACUCCAAUAUCUUGCCAAUCUAAGGAAGAUCAUCAACUGAUACAAGUCCAUAAUGUUUCUUACUUCAGCUACAUUGACCUGACUGCUGGGGUGCACACUGAUGAAGAAAGUUGCAAGCAAGCAUGCUUGGGAAACUGCUCUUGCCGUGCUGCUCUGUAUCACUACCACAAAACGGCUUCAAAUGGCUCAUGCUUACUGGUAUCAGAAGUCCUCUCAUUACAAGUCCUCUCACUGGUUGGAUCUUCACCGGGCUCGGCAUUCCUGAAGGUACAGAUUGCUCAUCCAAAGAAGAGAGGUGUUCUACCUUACACACUUGGUGGGGUAACUGCUGCCCUUGUACUGUUUGCAACUGUCUUUGCUAUCUUAAGAUGCACGAGAAAUGAAGAGGAAGCUAAUGAGGAUGAGUUCGCUGACCUACCUGGAAUGCCAGCGAGGUUCACUUUUCAAUCACUCCAAGUAGCAACCAAAGAUUUCAGCAGUAAGAUUGGGGAAGGAGGGUUCGGCUCAGUCUUCAAGGGAGUGUUAGGCGAUCAACUGGUUGCAGUAAAACAUUUGCAUCAAGCUGCUCAAGGAACAAAGGAAUUCCUUGCUGAAGUCCAGACAAUCGGCAACCUUCAUCAUAUCAAUCUGGUAAGGCUAAUUGGUUUCUGCGCAGAAAAAGCACACAGGCUAUUAGUCUAUGAGUACAUGCCAAGAGGAUCUCUAGAUAAGUGGAUAUACAAUGGUAAUAACAAAGCUCUACUUGACUGGCACACACGACACAAGAUUAUAGCUAAUAUCGCCAAGGGUCUAUCUUAUCUUCAUGAGGACUGUAGGCAAAGAAUUGUUCAUCUUGACAUCAAACCACAAAAUAUCCUCUUAGAUGACAACUUUGAUGCUAAAGUUGCUGACUUUGGGCUAUCCAAGCUAAUAGACAGGGACAGGAGUCGUGUAGUUACCAGAAUGAGGGGCACACCUGGAUACAUGGCGCCUGAAUGGCUGACAUCACAAAUCACCGAGAAGGUUGAUGUAUAUAGCUUUGGUGUGGUAGUCAUGGAGAUCAUCUGUGGAAGAAAAAACCUAGAUUAUUCCCAACCUGUCGGUAGCAUUCAGCUCAUCAAUUUGUUGCAAGAGAAGGCAAAGAAUGGCAAGUUGGAGGAUAUGAUCGACAUGAAUAGUGAAGACAUGCAAAUACACAUGGAAGAAGUGCUUGAGAUGAUGAAUCUUGCAAUUUGGUGCCUACAGAGUGACAGUAGUAGAAGGCCUGCCAUCUCGUUGGUGGUGAAGGUCAUGGAAGGAGAAAGGCAAGUGGAAACAAACUUGGAGUUUAACUUCUUUGAUCUAAGUGCUUUGAAUGCUGUUCCGGUUGGAGAGCCCAACUUGUCAAGUCUACCUAUAGCAUCAGUACUUUCUACCCCGAGGUGAACAUAUGAAACUAUUGUCAGAAAUAUAUUAAUGAUCCUGCAACAAGACAUUCUAUGUUGUAGAAAGUCAUUGAUAGUGUGUUAUGUUUUCAGUUUCUUUUAAAAAAAACAUACUGCAAAUAUUAGUUUGUUACACCUUCUGAUCGUUUACAAGUUGAUUUAAUAUGAUCUCUUGAAGUUCUGAAGGUAAUGAUUAGCCUUCUUGUAAGACCUGGGACCUCUGCUAUAUAUGUAAAUUUGAAAUGAACCAAGGAUCAAACAGAGAAAUAAUGACGCUUUGUGCACGAACUA